AUGUCGCACCGCAGUGCGCCAAACUCGCCCAGGCUGCCAGGGCCUUCCUCUUCUUCAUCUCCAUCCACUUCGCCCGUCGAUGGCGGCCUCUACUCAUCAUACCCCAGACCGCCGUCCCCUGGUCGCUCCCGUUACGCCUACGCCCCCGGUUCCACGAACCCCGGUUACAAACCUCAACACCCUCCGCGCCUCAACUUGAGUGGUACUCGAAGCUUCGUCACCUCCCCGAGCAGCCUAGGACCGAGACGUAACGAUCCGCCGACCUCCGCCACCCCCGACCACACUACCUUUUACAGCGAUUCUUCCGGUCCCCCCAGCCCGGAAGUCCAGAGCCCAAAGUCCGUCGUCCCUGUGCCUCUCUAUAAUAACCCCACCAUUACCGCUGUCGCCAACGCCGCCAUCACUACUACCGCACGUGGCUGGUCCACCGUUUAG